UUUACAUUGGUUUUGCAAUAAAUUUCACCAGACCACUCCGGAAGGCUUGCGCAUGCUCAGAGGGCUCAAAGAAACUUUAGCAGUGAAUAAACAAUAAUAAAACGUUUCGCGCUUGCUUACAAAGCUCCGGAAGCUUAUCAAACUCCCGCGCUCACUUUAGUCAUCCGAUUUCCAGCAUUGCAAACGAGUCAUCAAUACGCAAAACAUAGUUCAAUCAAUUAGGACGGUGACACGUAUUGCGUGAUGUUUCAUAGGAAUGGAUCGUUUCACGCUUGGUUUGCAUCGAUUACAUUGCUUUUGCUAUCAACGGAGAUUGCAAUUACAAACGCCCUGCUGAAACGAUGUUACCAAUGUCGAUCCCGGAGCGAGCUUGGCAGCUGUAAAGAUCCGUUCCUGUUCAAUGCUACACAGAGCGAAAACGAACGUGGCGUAUCGGCAGUGCCGUGUGCGUCUGGCUGGUGCGGCAAAGUAAUCGAAGGGAUGGGCUCCUUCCGCGAAGAUGAUUAUGAUAUGGCUACCCAGCGAAUGUGCGUCCAGCGUGGCCCUUCGGACUCUGAGGAUCGUUGUGCGUACACCGUCUAUAACUACAAAAAGGUGUACAUGUGCUUUUGCCAAGGCGAUCUCUGCAACGCAGCCAACCGACUCAAUGCCAGCCAUCGUUGGGUGAGCUUUUCCAGUGGCACCGUGAUAUUUUCGCUUGUAUUUUGGAAGUUGUACUUAUCUCAAAUUUCACAAAUGGUAUAAUCAAUAGUGAUCGUGAUAUCCAUCCAUUUAUGUGCUAGGUUCUUGAAAUGUAUUAUUACUCAUGACAUUCCAUCUUUUUUUUUAAAUAAGCGACCGAUCUGUUGUUGACAUCAAUACUCAAAAUACAUCUAUUUUACUUUUUA